AUGGGAAAAAAGAUCGUAUAUCCUUUAAUAACUACCCUGGGUAAUUAUUGUUUCAACCUCUCGCUGGAGGGAGUAACUAAAAGAGGUGGGUGUUUUGCCUUAUUUUGUUUAUUUUUUCUAUUAAUAAUUGGCACAAUUGCUUUAUUUACUGAUUUUGCUCUUUUUUAUCGUCUUUUAAAUAUUAUUCCUUUUAAUGAAUUUCCUGGCCAAUCAACUGUUGCACUUUCUGCAGAAUCUUUGGCUAGAGUUUAUGCUUUUCUAUUUCUUUAUUUUUUAACUUUUUUAUUACAAUUUUGGUUUAUUAAAAUAAUAUAUAAUUGUAAUAGAUAUUUUGCCGAAAGAAAUAAUUAUAUGCUUUAUUGCUUGGCUUACAGUACUCCUUUAAAAACAUUAAAUAGUGCUAGAUAA